UGGUCCAAAACGACUCCAGGCUGCGUGACGUCCGAUAACACAGGAAACCAGGCAGCGAACAAGGGCCGGAUAAGCCGGAGUUAACAGCACAGAAAGACGCCGCAUUGUAGCAUCUUUCGCUCAGAAAUAAAACAAGACGGCAUCUGGGAUCUAGGACAAGUCAAGAUGUUUCAUUUUUUCGGGCGAAAAGAUUCGUCCAAGAAGUCGGUGCCAGAAAAAGAACUGGACGGGUUUGUAAUAGUAGGGGAAACACCUGAAGAACAGAAGCAGAGGAGUCAGAGGAGCGGUCCCACACCGCCUGCAACCGGUGUGAUUGUGUUGCCUUCGAAGACACCAUAUGAAAACCUAGUUCAGCCGGCAACUGUGCAGCCGGUUCCAGCCCAGGCGGCCCCCAUGUGUCCCGCCGCAUUGGCCGCUCCCGCUGCCUCGGAAGGCGGCCCCUCCCUCCCGGAGCUCCUGAGCGACGUGCCCUUCACUCUGGCUCCCCACGUCCUGGCCAUGCAGGCAGGCCUCCACCACUUUCCCGACGUGCUUCUCUCCCGGGACAUUAACGACAACCUGGCCAGCUUCCGCUAUGACUUCUCCCUGGAGAACUCGGUCCUCUGUGACUCAUAAUGCCCGCUUCAGUCAGUGGAGUUUCUCUGCGCUGCUGCAAUUUGUUGCAUUCUGGAAAACACCAACAUUUUUAAAUCACUACUUUUACUCAGCAUUUCGACAUGCUGCCUUAAAUGAACUGUAGAUAUGAGAACGGUGGGUUUGUACUUACGUCACAUUUAAUCCUGUCUCAUCGGCGUGCAUGGCUGGUGUUUGUCAGGCACUCAGGAAGCUAACAACAUUUAUAAUAAUCAAAAUGAAGGCAUGUGUCCUUGAUGUUCAUAUCUAUGUAAAGUAAACUUACAUUUUUAAUUGGAUUAUAUGCCCAUAUCUCCUACUGUCACAGGAAAUGCUGUAUCACGUUUUAGUGCAUCGCCCUCAUAUCAGAGCGCCCAGAAAUCAGCUGUGCGUAUAGUUUUAAAUAAUGACGAAUGGUUUUACUCACGAGUUCUUUACUGAAUGUAGAUUAUUCGAAUUACCUUUUUGUGUGAAAUUGGUUUGAGAACAUCUCUAUGCCUGUUUAAGAAGUAGCAGGGUCAGUGAAACAGGAUUGUGACUCAAUUUUCAUCGUCACACUUCCUCAUUAAUGUGAUUUUCUCAGCUUGUGUCUGUGUUGUAAUGGAUAUAAGACCUUUGCAUGUUUUCUGGCUGAUAACGUAGUAAUAAAGGUGUGUUUUGUGUA